AUGGGGAGUUUACCAAAUUUGCAUGAGCUGGGAAAACCUCCUGGUGAAGAGCAGGGAUAUAAGCCAGGGCCGGCAUUGGGCCAUCUAUGCGGGGGAUGCAAUGGGGCCCUAACAGAGGUUGAAAAAACAAAAAUAUUACACAGGUUUUCUGGACAUAAUAGAAUAACAAAAGCAAGAAGUAAUCCUCAAGAAUCAAAUAGGAUAGUAUAUGAUGACUUCUUAGGAGAGAGCACUGCCAUCUCUCCAACCAGAUCCAGAUUUAAUCUUCAUUUACAGGGUGUAAGACGUAGAGACUCUAUUAAUAGUUCCAUUGGAGCUACAUCUGUUAGAAGACUGUUAGCUGUUGUCAGAGGUGGCAAUAGAAACGGGCCUACAGGUCGAAUAACUGGACCUGUGUACACAAAGAAAAUCCUAAUCGUGAACUUAGCAGUGAUAUCCAUUAGCCAUCUUUUUUCUUCGAUCGCAUUUUUACCAUUUUUGGUUUUACAAAGCUCCGUUUCCAUAUGGUAUAAUCCAGUUUAUAGUGAUGUUAUUAAUGUGAACAAGGGAUCUUACUUGGUUUCUGCUAGUUCAAUAAUAGCAGCUGGUUCAGCUUUAGUAGCCCCAUGGAUAUUAAGAAGGAUUAGUCCAACUGUGACGAUUGCAUCAUGCAAUGGUAUCAUGAUAAUCUUCUACCUAUCCCAUAUAUACAACGUAUUGUACGUGACAAUCCCAUCAUACAUUAUAUUGGGGCUUAUACAAGGAGCUCUGUCCUCUGCACAUAUAUCAUUCCUUCUGAGCCUUUCGCAUAAAAUAACUGGAUUAUUUCACGAAGAGGAUGAUGAAGGACGCACUGCCAGAAGGACGGUCGUUAUCCGAAGGGUAGCCAGGGCUUUUCAGGGUUCUCAUGAUUUUGGACUUAUAGUAGGAUCGGUCCUAUCAGCACUGAUAAUAACAUGUACUGUUAAUCUUAAAAACAAUUUACAAAAUAUUAAAAAUGUCACAGACUCAUCUCUGGAUUCAACGGUAUGUGCCGAAAAUUCCAGUUACCUUAUUCCACACUGCCAAAAUAACACAGAUUUCGGAUCGUCUAAUAAUAUCUACGACUACAGUGCUUUUUUAGAUGAUAUUUUUGAUACAACAGAAGACGGUAGACUUUGUGGUGCGCAGGCGUGCCCUGUUUCUAGUUCUUCUAUUAAUUCAUCUCUGAUAUUAGAGUCUGGAUUUAGUAUUUUACCAAGAAGAACUGCAGACGUGUUAGUUAUAGUAUAUGGAGCAAUGUGUGGUAUUGCAUUAAUGCUAGCAGUUUUUAGCUUUCAAAGAACAAAGAUGCUAGCUUAUCAGGAACCAAUGGAGAAAGGAGAAAUAAUUUCGGCUAUAAGGGCAGUUAAGGAAAGUUUUAGAGAUAUAAGACUGCAAAUGGCUGCCCCGCUAGCUGUUUUUAUAGGAAUUGAACAAGCAUUUAUGUAUGCUGGUUUUAGUAAGUCCUACGUAGUCUGCACAUUAGGAAUACACCGACUGAAUUUAGUAUUCUUGGCAAUGGGACUAUUACAAUCAAUAGCUGCGUGUACUCUUAGUGUUGGAUUUGCGUUUCAUGGUUGUCUCAUAAUGGUUUUAAUUUUAUGGAAUCCAAGUGAAGAUGAUCCAGCACUUUUUUAUGUGAUUUCUGCAUCAUGGGGAGUAUGUAAUGCUAUUUGGGAAAUGCUCAUUUUUACAUUUUUGACUGGCCAAUAUGCCGACAAUUGGGAAGCAGCAUUUGCCAACGCAAACUUUUUCAAAUUUUCAGGACUAUCAUUAUCUUUUCUACUUCAUGGCUUUUUGUGUAAUAUCUGGAAGUUAUAUUCACUGGCAUUUCUCAUGGUUAUAGCCGUCGUGUCUUUUGCUUGGUUGGAAGUUUGGAUGGAAAAUAUGAGAAAAGUUAAGAAUAUUUCAAGAUUAUGA